AUGUUGACAUUGAAUAUUUUGACUGCACUAUUGGCACCAGGUGUGGUAUCAUCUGCUUUGCCAGCCCACGAUCUCUAUGCCCGUGCCGACUUGGAUACUGCUGGUGCUCUUCAAGCCAUCCUGAACAACAUUGGCGCUGAUGGGUCUGCUGUUUCUGGAGCAUCUGCUGGUAUUGUGGUAGCAUCUCCAUCUAAAUCAGACCCUAAUUACUUUUAUACCUGGACUCGUGAUGCGGCCUUGACAUUUAAGGUCUUGAUUGAUGAGUUCAUUGCUGGGGAUACCUCACUGGAAUCUAGCAUCCAGGAUUACAUCUCUGCUCAAGCGAAGCUGCAAACCGUCUCUAACCCAUCGGGUGACUUGUCCGAUGGAUCAGGACUCGCAGAGCCCAAGUAUAACGUGGACUUGACAGCCUUCACAGAUGCUUGGGGUCGUCCUCAGCGUGAUGGGCCCGCUCUGCGAGCGACGGCUCUGAUCGCCUAUGGCAACCAUUUGAUCUCGAAAGAAAAGGAAUCUGUUGUCAAGUCGAACAUCUGGCCCAUCGUGCAAAAUGAUCUAAGCUAUGUUGCACAAUACUGGAACCAAACCGGAUUUGAUCUGUGGGAGGAGGUCGAGGGCUCCUCAUUCUUCACUAUUGCCGCACAACACCGCGCGUUGAUAGAGGGCAGCACAUUUGCCAAGGCGCUGGGAGAGUCCUGCGAUGGAUGUGAUUCCCAGGCACCUCAGGUCCUAUGCUUCCUGCAGUCAUUCUGGAAUGGCGAGGCUAUUGUUUCUAAUCUAGUUGACAAUGGCCGAACCGGUCUCGAUGCAAACUCUGUGCUUGCUUCGAUCGGAAACUUCGACCCAAAGGGUUCCUGCGAUGACGUAACCUUCCAGCCUUGCUCUGCUCGUGCCUUGUCGAACCACAAGCUAUACGUUGACUCGUUCCGUUCGAUCUAUGAUGUGAAUAGCGGCAAAGAAGCUGGAAAUGCCGUUGCUGUUGGACGUUAUGCCGAAGAUACUUACCAGGGCGGCAACCCAUGGUAUUUGACAACACUGGCAGCGGCUGAGCAGUUGUAUGAUGCUCUUUACCAGUGGGACCAGCAAGGCUCGCUAGCCAUCACCGAGAUCAGUCUUCCGUUCUUCAAAGACCUGGUUUCAUCCGCCGCCACCGGAAACUAUUCGAGCUCUUCAGACACUUACUCGUCUGUCACUAAAGCGGUCAAAACAUAUGCCGAUGGAUUCGUGGCUGUCGUGAAUAAGUACACGCCCAGCGGUGGAGCUCUAGCCGAACAAUUCACUCGGGCUGAUGGCACCCCAGCCUCUGCUAGUGAUUUGACCUGGUCUUACGCGGCGUUCCUAUCUGCUGCUCGACGUGAGGCUGGAAUAGUACCUGCUAGCUGGGGUGCGUCGAGUGCUAAUGAGGUACCCUCAAAGUGUGAGGGAAGCUCGGCCACGGGAAGCUACGCGACACCAUCAGUUGGCUCGUGGUAA